GACGGAAGCGUUCAUUGUGUGAAAACAGAGAGGGAAGAAAAUGCACUCGGAGCAACUUCCAACUUAAUGAAAGGUUUUAUUUUAAAAUACAAAGUGAAGAACCCCCUGUUUGUAGGAAAAAAAAUGAGGAAAGAGAAUCCUCACUGAUGCUAAAUUCUGUGCAACAUUUUUUUUGCAACAAGGGAAUAAUUCUACAUUUUAUUUAUUUUUGCAACAUCGGGGGAGAAGUGGAAAGCAGGGAUGAAGAGUUGCAAGAAAAAAAUGAGUGUGUGAGAAGAGAAAGAGGAAAUAAUAAAUUAAUCAGAAAAGAAACUCGCAGCUUUUGCCGGUCGAAGAAUGGCUUCGAAGGAGCGGCUGUACGAGCUCUGGAUGUUGUACUUCACCAAGAAGGAUCCUCACUACCUGCAGCAAUGGCUUGAAGCUUUUGUCACCUCCUUCGAACGAAUUAUUGACGUCAGCUCUUAUGAACCACUGCAGCGAAGACCUGAAGAGAUGGCUGCAGAGAUUCCACUGUUGCCAGGCAAUGUGCUUCAAGUUCUGAGCCAGCAACUGAGUCAAUGUGUACAGAGAUUAUCCACCGAGGAGGCCGAGGCAGGCCUUGGACAAGCGCUCCUCCUGAUAAAGUUUCUCAUUAUUAUCUGCAGAAAUUUGGAAAAUAUUGAAGCAAAAGUCACUCCGACCUUCAUCCCAGAGGUUGUUAACCUACUGGCUGUGUGCACUUCUGAGUUAAAGAAGGAAACACAGGAGAAGGUUUUACCAGAGAGCUCAAAGGUCGAGCAGUUAAUGAUGUAUGCACUGCACCUGUGUGAAUGCCUCUUUGAUCCAUAUCAAAUCUGGAGGCGACACUUGGGGGGAGAGAUUAUCAGUUCCAUGGAAAGGAGUAAAUAUAAAUUUGCACCAGCUAUUUUACCUCAGGAAUUCAACACAUUCUUCCAUGAAAGUUUCAAAGACAGCCAGAGCUUGCCAAAGACAAUCCACCUGCGACUGAUAUAUCUCUAUGGAGCCAUUAUCAGUGGGAGUAAGCAAAAUGCACUACUUGCCAUCACCCCGACAUCCAUUGAGGUGCUUAUGCUGGUUCUCAGGACCUCAUGUGACACAGGAACUCAGGAGCAAAAGGACACCAGGCUGUUGCAAGUUGCCUUGAAGUGCCUGAUUGGAAUGAUCCACAUUCUCCAUGCCAGUAGCCUUGACCAGAGGAGAGUGACGAUCAAAACAAUAUUGGACAGCUACUUUAAGUUGUUGAAUGCUGACAGGCCAGUGGCAGUCUUGGAAGGGGGGACAAAAAGCCGACUAGAGGACGGCUUCAUCACCCUGCGCAUCAACAUGCUUAGUGCUAUCUCCGAAAUGUUGAACUGUAAGGAUCGACCUGUGCUUCAGGCAGUGUUUCUUAAUAACAACUGCUUUGAGCACGUCAUCCGACUCAUCCAGAACAGCAAGCUCUAUGUAAGCAGUAGGUCUAAGGAUGACAGCAAGGUUGGGAGUGACCUUGCCACUCAGUUACUGACUGAAAUCAAUCUCAGCAAGGUAUUCGAGAAAGAGUCAGACUCCAUUACAGUGCAUGCUAUCAGAGUGCUAACAGCAAUAAUGAAGAACUCGCCUUCUGCCAAGGAGGUGUUCAAGGAGCGGAUUGGUUACUCACAUCUGUAUGAAGUGCUGAAAAGCCAGGGAGAGCCAACAAAGCGUCUCCUGCAGGAACUCAUGAACAUGGCUAUUGAAGAUGAGAACAUGACCUCCCUCAUCACAAUCAAUAAUGAGCAGCCAUUGUUGAUCCUGGUGCAGUGGAUUCCCGACCUAGAAUCUCGCAAUCUACAGAUCUUUGUCUCCGACUGGCUGAAGAAAGUGUGUGGCGCUACCCUGCGGACUUGCAUGACCUGCGUGAAGGCCGGGAUGCUCAGCUCCACACUGGCAUCAUUGGGCUGCUAUUCCCAGCUUGACAGGAAGUGUGGCGAGAACCUUAUUGACUUGCUAGAGGUACUGGGUAGCCUCUCCAUACAACCUGGAGAACUUUGUCAGCUAAUAAAACUACUUCGGACCGAUGAUGACAAAGCACAUCCAUACUCCGCCCGUGUCAUUCGGGCCUUAUCAGCUAUGGCGAGGAAGGAUGGGUCUGAAAGCGUGCUGCAGUAUUUUGAUCUGACUCCCAGUAUGGCUGGAAUAAUGGUUCCUAUCAUUCAGAAGUGGCCGGGUAAUGGUUUUGCUUUCCACACGUGGCUCUGUUUGAAUGAGGAGCGGGAAGAUAAUUGCUUAUUCAGCAAGAGACCGAAACGAAAACAACUGUACAGUUUCUUUACAGCAAGUGGGACUGGGUUUGAGGCCUUCUUCACAUCGGAUGGGAUGCUGGUUGUUGCGGUUUGCACAAAGAAAGAAUAUAUGACUGUGGCUCUUCCAGAAUUCUCCUUUAGUGACUCACUCUGGCACUGCAUUGACAUUAUUCACAUCGCAGGACGCCGACCUUUCGGGCAGAAUGUGGUAAAUAUCUACGCAGACGGUUCUCUGAGGAAGACGGCGCAGCUACGGUUUCCUUCACUAAAUGAGCCUUUCACAUACUGCUGCAUUGGAUCAGCUGGUCACAGGACAACCACAACAGUUAUUACCUCUCCCACCCAGUCUCCUGAACUCUCCUUCACCUCGCACACCCCUCUCAACCGUUCUCAGUCCUUUCCAGCCAGCUUUGCAUCUCCUAUGAGAGGCUCCACCUCGUCUCAAGCCAUUGUGAAUACGAUCAUGGCUGGCACUCAGGAUACAGAGUGGGGCACACCAACCUCCCUGGAAGGACAGAUGGGAUCCGUAUUUGUGUUCCAUGAGGCCCUGCAGCCAGUGCAUGUCAAAGCAUUUUUUAAUGCAGGUCCAAACAACCUGUUGCCAUUUAAGCCUGACAGUGAGCUGUCAGAUCUGAGCAGCAAGCUGCUCCUUCAUUACAGUCCCAAGGCCUGCAGAAAUCAAAUUUGCUUGGACCUAUCCACAAACCACUUGUAUGAUGGAAGGUUAACCGGGCACAAUACAGUCAACUGGGAUAUUAAGGAUGUGAUCAACUGUAUGGGGGGGAUGGGCAUCCUUCUACCACUGCUGGAACAAGUGGCAUCCAAAAGUGACGAUUCAGAGGAGAAUCAAGAGACGACUGACCUGGUAGGACCAGAACUGACGUCUUCACAGAACAUCCAAGGGAUGCUCCUGCCACUCGGAAAAUCUUCAGAGAGCAAAUUGGAGAGGAAUAGCGUAGCUGCAUUCUUGCUACUGGUUAAGAACUUAACCCGAAACCAUACCAUAAAUCAGGAGAAUUUCAUCCAGUGCAAUGGCCCUGCUGUCAUAGGUGCCCUGCUACAAAAGGUUCCGAGCCACAGAGUGGAUAUGAAUGUACUCAUGGCCUGUCAGUUCCUGAUGGAGCAGGCAGCUAGUGAAGGCAAUAACCUCCUACUCCACUAUAUGUAUCAAUACCUGCUCUUUGACUUCCGCAUCUGGAGCCACAGUGACUUCGCCGUUCGAUUGGGGCACAUACAGUACUUAUCCACGAUUAUCAAAGAUCACAAGCAGCGUAUCAGAAAGCGGUACGGUGUGCAGUACAUACUGGAUUCCAUCCGGACACAUUACGGCCCACAAAAGGAUAACCAGGUCACAGCUGAUGUUAAAACUGUUCAACUGUCACUCUUCAACCUGGUGAAAGAUUUUAUCACCAAAGCAGUUUCAGCUGAGGAGUUGCACAGCAUCAUCUCUUACAUGGCAACAGCGAAUGAUGAUGAUCAGCUUUGUGGUAUUCUGGACGUCUUGCUCAGUUUGUUGAAGGGAGGUCCUUCACGAGACCAGCUCUAUACCUUGCUGUUUGACCCUGGCAAUGUGGAGGUCUUCUACUCAUUGAUCCUACAGAAGAAGUAUUCCGAUGAAGUGCGUGAGAAGAUCUUUAGGCUAAUGUAUAAGAUGUUGAAGUAUGAGAAAGUUCACGAGAGGUGCAAGCUGCGACUGAAGCUGAAGGACAUUGGUUACCAGGGUCUGACCUCCUUCCUGAAUGAUUUUCCUGCCUCAAUGUCACUUAUUCGGUGCCUGUCAGAACAGGUGCUAUGCUCGGAUCCCGUUCCAAAUUACAAGGACCUGAUUGCUGUAGUUUAUCUGUCUCACAAAGCAGACUUAACUGUGCGACUGGACGUCUGUCGAAAGCUGUUCCAUCUGAUUUACUCUCAGCAAGACAUUGUUCGCCAGUUAGCAAAACAGGCUGGAUGGCAGGACAACUUGACCAAACUCUAUGUGAAAGAAUCAUACGAAUCUCGAGAGGCCAGUCUAUCAAGCUCGUUCAAUAGCUAUUCUAUAGACUUACUUAAGAACUCAGAUCAGAGCCAAGACUUCAUCCAAGAGCAAGGCAAAGAGCUGAUCAAUCGCAUGAAUAGCCAAUCAGACUUCCAGGACUCUGAGGUCUUUCUCCCCUUCAAUAAAAAUCUCAAUGAAGACAUUUCAGAAGGGCAGUCUGACCUCUCCAUGUCUCCUAGCUUCCCCUCCAGCAAGAUGAAGUCCUAUGAUUCCUUUAACUUCAAGUCAUUUGAUUCCUUGGACCGCACAAGUCACUCCUCCACCAAUACAAUAGACAUCCCAGGCUCGAGUGAAGCUAUCCUCUCCGACAUUUCUGAAGAUGCUUUUUACCAGCCUUUGUCACCUUUCACACUCCCUUCCUUUGACUUGGGAACAGAAAUGGGGAGUACUAGUUCCUUUACCACCAUGGAGAGUGGUAACCUGACUCCAGUCAGCACAUCAGAAACGCCAUCACCUUUGGAGAAUUUCAAACCCUUCCCAGGGAUUCGGACAUGGAAAAGCUCCAGUCUCUCCAACGUCCUGGAUGACAGUAGCUACCAGGAAAAUCUCCCCAGUGACGAUGCUUCCAACACCAGCAAUCCACAGCAAACACCGGAAGAGGAACUUUGCAACUUGCUGACGAACAUUAUCUUCUCUGUAACAUGGCGAGGGGUAGAGGGCUCUGAGGAUGCAGCAUGGAAAGAGCGAGGGCAGAUCUUUUCUGUCUUGACCAAACUUGGGACAGCCUGCGAGCUGGUUCGUCCACCUGAUGAAAUUAAAAGAAGCCUGUUGGAGAUGAUGCUGGAGUCUGCAUUCUCUGACAUUAAGGAUGCCACGAACACUGCACUAACAAGUCACAUCCAAAACAUCCUGAAACUGCUCCGACUGCUUCAGGACUUUCUCUUUUCAGAAGGGCAGAGCAAUCAAGUGCUAUGGAGUGAAAAGAUUCUUGAAGGUGUUAUUAAUUUAUUGGACAAGCUAGCCGUUUGGCACCAUUCAGACAAUGGGACAUCAGACCUGAAGGAAAUGGCUCAGAUUGGCCUCAGGAUUAUCCUGGGCUAUAUUGUACAGGAAGACACGCAGGUGUGUGCAAUGGCCUGUGUUAAGCUUCAUAGCCUCCUUAAGACCAUGCCGAUAUGGAAGGAGGAGGCCUGCUUCCUGCUGGGAAAACUGGAUGUUCCCCUUACCAGAUCUAUCAAGGGUAAGACCGAGAUCUUCUCUUACCUAUUGCCCAUUGUCCGCACUCUCAUGGACCAGUGUUACCAGUUGCUUCAGCUGCAGUACCGGCUGCCAUCUCUGCCACCCACCAAUGGCAGCCCAACCUUUUUCGAGGAUUUCCAGCAUUUCUGCGUCACCACUGAAUGGAGAUUAUUCAUGGAAAGAAAUGUUCUGAACGUCAUGACUCAAUACGAGUUGGACACAUUUGCCAGAAGCCACAAUCAGAUGUCCAACUUCUGGAAUUCCUGCUAUGACUCUCUGAUGAGCAGCUCGCUACGUCGGGAGCAUGAGCGUGGAGAGAGCCGUUCCAAGUUCCAGGAGUUAAUGCUGGAGCCAUACUUGAAGCGUGUACGGUACGAGAAUGCUCGAUACAACAACAUUCUCAAACAGAUUACCAGUCACCACAGUGCUGUACUUCGGCAGUGGCAGUCAUUAAGGCGCCUCUUUACCUGCCAACGUGGGGCUUGGGCAGAACGCAAUCCAAUUGAAAUUAAAUGGAAACUAGCAAGUGUGGAGACAUACUCAAGGAUGAGGCUCAAGCUGGUUCCAAACUACAGCUUCGACAAGCAUGCAGAAGCCAGCGCCUUGCGGGAUAACCUUGGUACCGAUCAUGCAAGAAGUCCACCUGACUCUCUACCACUUGCAGUGGCAAAGAAGGCAAAAGUGAACGAGCUGGAAGAUGAUCAACUUGAAGACGAAGACCUUGUUUUCCUUAAUAACCAGGUUGAACCUGAGGAGCCCAGUCAAAAAGAGAAGUUGGUGAUUUCUGAGGAAUGUGAGCUGAUCACAAUUGUCGCAGUGAUCCCUGGACGCUUGGAGAUCACCACACAGCACAUCUAUUUUUAUGAUGGCAGCAUUGAAAAAGAAGAGACAGAGGAGGGAAUUGGGUAUGAUUUCAAACGUCCCCUGUCUCAUCUCCGAGAGGUACAUCUCAGACGCUAUAACUUGAGGAGAUCUGCUUUGGAGUUCUUCUUCAUUGACCGAUCAAACUACUUUGUCAACUUCAAAAAGAAGGUGCGAAAUAAAGUGUACUCGCGUAUCUUGUGGGCACGGCCCACCAAUCUCUUUGACUUCAACAGCCGCUCUCCCCAGGAACUGCUGAAAGCAUCCGGAUUAACUCAGGAAUGGGUUCAGAGAAAGAUCUCCAAUUUUGAAUAUUUAAUGAAACUCAACACCAUUGCAGGGAGAACCUACAAUGAUUUGUCUCAGUACCCAGUGUUCCCGUGGAUCAUCUGUGAUUACACAUCCGAGGAACUGGAUCUGAACAACCCAAAUGUCUUCCGCGACCUCUCUCGACCCAUAGGCGUGGUGAAUGAUAAGCAUGCAAAGGAUGUGAAGGAGAAGUACGAGAGUUUUGAAGAUCCCACAGGAGCUAUUGAUAAAUUCCAUUAUGGUACACACUACUCUAAUGCAGCUGGAGUCAUGCACUACAUGAUUCGGACAGAACCUUUCACUACCCUGCACAUCCAACUACAGAGUGGCAGGUUCGACUGCGCAGACCGUCAGUUUCACUCAAUCCCUGCAGCCUGGCAAGUCCGGAUAGACAAUCCCGUAGACGUGAAGGAGCUGACCCCAGAAUUCUUCUACUUCCCGGAAUUUCUAGAGAACCAGAAUGGGUUUGAUCUCGGUUGCCUGCAGAUGACGAGUGAAAACGUAGCUGAUGUUGUCCUUCCAAAGUGGGCAAAAUCCCCUGAAGAUUUCAUUUACAAGCACAGAAAAGCACUGGAGUCAGAAUAUGUCUCCACGAACCUCCACAAUUGGAUCGACCUGAUCUUUGGCUACAAGCAGAGAGGCUCUGCAGCUGUUGAAGCAUUGAAUGUCUUCUAUUACUGCACAUACGAGGGUGCGGUGGAUCUAGAUGCAAUUGCUGAUGAGACAGAAAGGAAGGCUUUGGAAGGGAUCAUCAGUAACUUUGGACAAACUCCAUGCCAACUCCUGAAGGAGCCACAUCCUCCACGUCUUACUGCAGAGAACGCUGCCCGACGCUUAGGACGAUUUGACUAUGCACCAAACGUCUUUGAGCACCUGGGCCAACUCAAACCCUUCUAUGUUGAGGGCAUCAGCGAUGAUAUUCCACUUGUGCAGGCCUUGGUGCCCAAAAAACAAGCGGACUCUUAUAUUACUCCAUAUGUUCUGGUCACAGUGAGUAUGAAUGGUUUGAUAGGAACACAUGGCUGGCUGCCAUACGACAAAAAAAAUUCCAAAUGCUUCACCUUCACCCGGGAUCCAAUCGCCUCCAAUGUAAAGACUCAGCGCUUCCUGUCAGGCCCUUUUGCUCCUGGUGUCUAUUUAUCGCCAAAGAUCCUGGCCGUUUCCCCUGAUGGAAAACUUCUCUUCAGUGGUGGUCACUGGGACAAUAGUCUCCGGGUUACAUCAUUGAGCAAGGGCAAAGUGACGGGACACAUCAUAAGGCACAUAGAUAUUGUAACAUGCCUUGCACUGGACCAUUGUGGCAUCUAUCUGAUCUCAGGAUCAAGGGACACUACCUGCAUAGUAUGGCAGGUCAUCCAGCAGGGUGGUUUUGCUUGUGGUCUGUCUCAGAAGCCAGUGCAGGUUCUCUACGGACACGACAAUGCAGUCACUUGUGUGGCCAUCAGCACUGAGCUUGACAUGGCGGUAUCAGGGUCAAAGGAUGGCACAGUCAUUGUGCACACAGUUCGACGGGGUCAGUUCAUGAGGACCCUGAAACUCCCCUGUGAAAGCACACUGCCAAUGACCAUUGAUGACCUUGUUAUUGGAUGUGAGGGCCAGAUCGUUAUUCACAGCAAUAUAGAAAGCAGGGCACCAUCAAGGGAUAAAAUGUUCUUGCACCUCUAUUCUGUGAACGGCAAGCACUUGGUCUCUGUGACUCUGGAUGAGCGGGUAUCCGCAAUGUGUAUCGUUGAAGAGUUUGUGGUGCUGGGCACUGAGCAAUGCUCACUGGAGAUCCGGGACCUUCAGAGCUUGAAGAGUGCAAUGCAGAAACUGGUCAUGAAGGUUCCCAUUCAUUGUGUCUCCAUUACCAAAGAUAACAGCCAUAUUCUAGUAGGAUUAAAUGAUGGAAAACUGAUUGUGGUGGCAUCAGAAAAACCCUCUGAGAUUCGGUCAAGUCAAUUUGCUAGGCGGCUGUGGAGUUCCACCAGGCGUAUUUCCCAAGUGUCGUCUGGAGAAACUGAGUACAACAAGACUGACACAAGCACAAAGUAGAACUCGCCCAUGACAGGCCACAUUCCAUCAAGAAUCUACCUACUGUUACAAUCUUCAUUAAAAAAAACGUUUCUAUUUAUUUAAAAACUUUAAAAAAACAUGAAAACUCAGCUAAGCUGGCAGGCUGAAGAAGCAUAAGGCUGUACUUCUUCAACCACAUGUGAUGUGCUGCAUUCACCAACCAAAGCGCCUGUUCGGAUCCAAAGGAUUUAAAAAAUUGAAUGUUUACAAGGAAUGUGGAAAAAGAAUCCGAUGCCUUAAUAAUGCAAGGACUUUUAAAAUAUUUUUUUUAUAGACAAUUGUCGAUCUUUGACAACAAUCUUCUCUCUGCACAAUGCAAACUUCUGGAUAUAUGUAAAAUGACAUGGUUAUUAUGAGGGUGUGAAGGUGUUAAUAAUUCAGUUUCGGAGGGGGCUUUUUGUGGGGCAGGACACAUUUUUUACCAAUACUCCGAGUCUUCUUCAUUUCUAUUGUUUUGUCACGGUUACGCAUUGAGACAGUUAGAGACACAACAAGAUGCAUUGGUAAAGAUUAAAAUGCUUGUACAGAA